UUGCGCUCUUUACCCAGCAUGCACCGCGAGUUUUAGCCAUCUUGUUGAGAGGUGGAAUCUUUUUUUUUUUUCUUCAGAAAUUUUGCUUCCCGAACUCUGUGAGCCCCGAAUCACUUUUAUUCACAGCGGUUUAUCGUCUCGGUUGUGUCUUUACAAGCGAAAUAGCGCGAGUCGCGACUCGGAAAAUGAGAUAGUCGGAGUUGCGGUGUAAAAACAAACCGUUUGGAGAAGUGUUUAUUAUUAUCACUAUUUUCAUAUAUAUAAGAUGCUAAAUGUGAGGCCAGGGGGAAGCGGGCCCCCAGCUCGCGCCUCGGAUUAAAGUGGCAGCUCAAGUACGGGAGAGGCGUUACUCAACUCGGCCUAGUGUGCACCGCGGAUCCGGGACGGAGGCCGGCUCAAUCCAGCGAAAAUAAAAACACUCUUGUAUUAAAAUGGACCUGGAUUUUAAACGAUUUUAAUGGCCAUCUCUUGGUUUGAUCGAUCGUCAGGAGUGCAACAGGACAGAAGAAGAAGAAGAAGAGGAAGAGCGAUGACGUAUGAUCAUUUAGAUUAACAGCUUAUAGACUGAUUUUGAUCCAGCGACACUCACCCCCCCCGUUGUCGCUUCUUUAGUUUAUAAAAGGAGUGCGCGUUUAUUAUUAUUAUUUUUUGAAGGCUCCGCGUGUUUAAGUAGGACGUACGUUUGUCUACACGAGUGUCUUAAACACUUCUAAGAUGUCAGCCAAGAAGAAGAGCUGCUUCCAGAUCACCAGCGUGACCCAGGCUCAGGUGGCCACGGUUGGCUGCGCGGAUGAUGCCGAGAGCCUGGACGAUCCGGACGAAUCCCGGACUGAGGACGCAUCGUCGGAGCUCUAUGAACCGGAAGUGUGCGACCAGAGGAGUUCGGCAUCGCACAGUGCGUUGAACAGUGUCGGAGAAGGCGAGGCGACUGCUCACAGAGCUUCUCACCAGCCUGGAGGUCCUGGUGUAGCAGGUGGUCCUGGUCAGCAAACCACCACAACCACCACCAGCUGCAGCUCACGAUUCCGAGUGAUUAAGCUCGACCAUGGCACAGGAGAGCCUUUCCGCAGGGGCAGGUGGACAUGCACAGAGUUUUAUGAGCGGGAACCCGAGGCGGCGACUGGCAGGACUGCAGAGGGGACCAGGCACGCCAACGAACUCGCCCCUGACCGGGAUAGUGGAUUAGGUGCUUCUGUAGUGGUUCAGUCCAGCCAGGCUUCAGAUGUCACCGUCACCACCACCACCAUGCUCGACCUGUCUGCAUCGCAUACCUCUGUGCACCCUUUCGAAUCUGGUAACGACCCCAAUAAAACGGCACAGCCGGCAGUCCCUCCUCAGGCUCUUCUCGCACCGGGCUUAAACCAAGGCUCUCACGUCCAGAUAUCACCCGUUACUCCUCAAGCUUAUCAAACUCAACCGCAACAAAAUCCUCAGUUACCCUUAGGCCUACACAUGACGAGCCAAACUAGCAUGAUGCCCGAGUACGGACAGCAGCAGCACUUGCCCCACGCCAUCCCCGUGCAAGGAGGGGAAAUCGGCAUCUCUAUACCAGCCAGCCAAUCAGGAGCUUCUGUUCCGACCCUAAUGGACUGGGCGGGAGUGAUGAGCGUGGCGGGGAUGGCGCCUCUCACCCCUGCGCCUUCGGUACAGAUCGGACAGUAUUCGGGUGUAGCCAUGACGGCUGGCCAGAAUUCACCCGUUCCGAGUGCGGUAGGCAUCCCAGGGCCCGAGCCGAGUCGGAGGAAAUCGGACGCGGCCACCUCCGCCCCCCUCGUUGGCUCUGGUAAAGAUGCUGGGAAGCCAUUGAUUGCAGAAGAGUUGCACCUUAUGCCUAACCCUGGGGUGAACAGCCUGUUUGGGAUCCCCAUCCCCAUCUCCAUCGACGGGGACGAGGACAGGAACCCGUCUACAAUUUUCUACAAAACCUUCCAGCCUGGCGUCAGGCUUCAGAGUGCCUCGGGAGCGAGCGUCGUCGCUAUCGAUAAUAAAAUCGAGAAAGCAAUGGAUCUGGUGAAGAGCCACCUGAUGUACGCCGUGCGCGAGGAGGUGGAGGUGUUGAAGGAGCAGAUUAAGGAGCUGUGCGAGAGGAACUCGGUGCUGGAGCGCGAGAACGCCGUACUCAAAUCUCUGGCCAACAGCGAGCAGCUCUCUCAGCUCUCGGCUCACGCAGCCACCACCUCAUCGCCAACGGCAACACCGGCCUCGAACCCGCAGCAGCAACAACAGCAGCCCAGCGUCUCCUCAGCUUAACCAUCACAUGCACACGCCCACGAGCACGUCGCUCAGCACCAGCUUUAACCAGCAGCGCUUUAGUAUACAUGUGUGUUUUCUGCGUGAGCGUGUGUGUGUAAGUGUGUACGAGUACAUAUGAGUGUGUGUGGGGACCAGAAACGAUACAGAAGUGUUUCUUUUCUUUCUUUCCUUUUUUUUUUUUUUUUUUUUUUUAAGAAGAAGAAGUAAAAGCCAUGAGAAGGGUUUAUUUUUUAAAGCCGCUUUCGAGCAAGAGUCUAUUUUUCGGAGCUGAUCAUACUUCACGAAAGGAAAAAAAAAAAACAGUAUAUAUUGUUGUUGUUGUUUAUUACAUUUUUUUUUUUUUUUUUUUUUUUUUUUUUGCUUGUGUCAAAUCACCAGUCAGUUAUUUAUUCGAGGGCUGCUACGUUCACACGUCCCGACCUUAACUAAACGUUUUUCUUUCACUUGACCCAUUAAAGAACCGAAGUGCAGCCGGCAAAAACGCGCGUGCACACACACACACACACACACACACACGCACACACACGCGUACACACGUUUAUUAUACACACGCACGUGCACACACACAGCAGAGAAAAGCAGCGGGUUCAAACACUAACGACCGUUUGUUUUUACCUCUCAACUGCGAAUGUGAAGGGGUCACAUGAGUGAAUGUACAUGUAUUUCUAUUGUUUUUUUUUGUUUGUUUGUUUUUGUAAAGUGUGUACAGAGAUUGUCCUCAAUGAAGACGUGAAGAACGAUCUUCAGUUCUGGGGGACAAACAAAGAAAAAAAUAUAUAUAUUUACGAAUGAAUUUUACUGCGCUCUCAUGCUCUCUCUUCAUACCAUCACUCUUACAUUUUCGCUCGGUUUACGCUUCACCUCCGGGUGCUCGAAAUGGGACGCGGCUGACACGUACGUCCCAUCCGCUGUGCUUUCAAACACAGUGCUUCGGCUGCGUCUCGUCUCAUCAAAUCAUGAAACGCAACCCCGGGGUUUACACUGUACGACACUGACAUGAUUAUUAUUAUUAUUAUUAUUGUUAUUUUGCCUAGUGGAUAAAAACAUUUAGUAUGAAAUUGGUUCGAUAAACGUGUUUAAGUUUGGAUUUCCGAUAUUAAAAAAGUACAGAUGAGAGAAACAAAAAUAAAUGGAGGGGGAAAAGAAAACACAUUAAAGAUGGAUAUGAUGAAGUCCGAUGACUUUCGGUGUUUAAAAGCGUUUCUAAAAAAACGUCAUUUUCAGCCUUCAGUGGCGUAGUCAGAAAGUAAUUCUACAGAUGAGGAUGAGGAAACAUACAAAAUAAGUCGAAGUGUGAUCUGUCAACGUUGACAUGCAGGAUAAAUAAAUAAAUAAAACCCACUGAAAAUCGCCUUGAUAUCCCUACGUGUACACUGUAGCUAGCGGUAGCUAGUAAACUUCUCCUGAUUGGUUCGUCCUGUUUCUGGUUACAAGAGCCCGUAGGCAAUACAAUUGGGUUAAACAAAAGGCAUGACGUGUUUCGAUUGACGUCAGAGGUGGUUUAAGUAUGACGACUUUGUUGAGCGUUUAACAUCUGUACGAAAAAUAAAAAUGACUUUGAAGAUCAGAGCGAAGAAAAACUUUAUUGCAGCGUAGCAAUAAAUGGGACAACGAAGUGCGUUGGGUUCGUCAGAGUCUAAGUGAACCUCGAACGAUAUCAGUUCGGACGUUUUAUAGCGUUUAAUCAAGCCAGUUUUAGUCUCUAAAUGUAAAUGAAGUAUAAUGAUUGAAGCAGUCGCAUUCCGUUCUCACAUUGUAGAUGCGAGAUGUCGUUCUGGACGAUAAUUACGGUCACGUACUGCUUUGUUAUAGGCGCCAAUAAUAUCAGUGUGAUGCAAUAAAAUAAUGUAGAGUUCUGCACAAUUUCAGUCCUAAUGCUCACCCCAUCCAACUACCGACCCAAAGGCAGUCAAAACGAAGCAGUCAUGUGAUUGAACAGAAAGCGAGGCCUCGGUUCUCAUUGAUCACGUGAUUCUCUUAAACGCUACAACGGGCUUUUGUCCUGUGUACUGGAGACACGCCUCGGAGCCUCCGUAUAAAAAAACGUAACGUCACUAACAAAUGGUAACAGGUGUAACUUGAUGUUGAAGGAAAAUGUCCAAAAGAAACGCCUCUAAACGCUGCAAAAAGAAAAUCACUUCAGAACAACAGGAACAAUCCGGAAAGUCGCGUCCACCUACAAGCUUGUUAACGAACGUAAAAUGAGUGAGUGUUUUGUUUAUAUAGGAACAAGCGUUGGUCAAAAAAAAUAAUCGAUCGCAUCACAACAAAUAGAGAUUGGAUGAAGCAGAAGA